AAGGGUAUGAUAAAAAAAAUAUAUUAAUAUAUUAUAUUAUUUUUUUUCCUUAUCUCUCACACUUUCACGUUUACUCCCUCUCUCACGUAUGGGUCCUACACUUAUUUCUAUAAUUUCAAAUAGCAAACGUAUUACUUCUUUAAUUUUGUUUAUAAAACGUACUAAAAAUACAAAUAACCCAUUUUGUUUUCUCUGAUUCGGUUUGGUUUUAAACCAAAUAGAACCAAUAACACAAUUACUGUAUAUUUUUUUUAGUGUUAUAGUACCACAUUGAUUUCUGCAAAAGAUAAUGAUAAAGAUCAUUUAGACAAUAGUUGGAAGAAAGUAAAUCAACCGUAUUGCUUCGAACGUAAAGAUUUUUGUCAACGAACUGUAACACAAACCAAACUGAAACGAACCAAACUAUAACAAAUCAAACACAAAUUAACUUCGGUUAAAGCUCAUCUAAAUUUCUUCUAGUUACAAACCAAACCGAAUCCAAACAAAUACAUGAAAUGACCAUAUUAAGUGGAAGUGGGUGGAAAAUUGGAAAUACACAUGUCAGGCAUCGUUCUAAUCUAGGAAAGAGAAUUCCACUUCGUUGUUAUAUUGCAAAUUCUUGUUAAUAAACAAAUUUAUCCAUAAACCACUUUAAUAUAAACAACCGCUGCCAAAAUUUAUUUAAUGUCACCACUAAUGUAUAUUACUUUUCUAAGAUUUCAAAGUUUCCAUUUCAAUAUGUCUUAUAUAUACAACUGUAUUUAGUGUUUGUUGUAAUAGUAUAAUUUUAUAUGUUAGUAUCUCUAGCACACCAACUCCAAACAAAGCAACGGUGGUAUUUGAUUCAACUCCUAAUCCCUAGCUAUUAAUAUUUUAGGCUUUUAGCACCUCCCAAAAUUAAUAAGAUACAAAUUCUAAAUUAGCAAAAAAAAAAAACAAAUAUAAAAGGAUACGACCAUUUAUCAUAAUUGGUGUGCAACCGAAUUAAUUUAAAUGCAGGAUACUAACAUGACAACAGACCACUCUUAUCCCCACAUAUUAUGAAAUACCUUACCCAUCAUUUUCUUAGCAUUAUGCUUAUUAAGUUAUUAGUCGUCUUUAAUCAUUUUCGAUGUCACUAAUCCUCAAAAGCGAUUAGUCUAAACACUUGGCGGUUUGGGCGGCAUCAAUGGUGACGUGCCACGUAGAGUAAGGCCAACAACUUCAUUACCUCUCUUUCCUAUAUAAAGUCAUACAUAAACAGACCCAAAAUACAGAAAUAGAAAGAGUUUGUAACCAACCAAAGUCAAACACUUAGAGCUAUUCAAAAUGGUGAAGAUUGAGAUUGGAAGUUUGGGUGAUUCCUUUAGUGUGGCAUCUCUUAAGGCUUACUUGUCUGAAUUUAUCGCAACUCUUCUCUUCGUGUUUGCUGGCGUUGGCUCUGCUAUUGCUUUUGGGAAGCUCACAUCCGAUGCAGCCUUGGACCCGGCUGGUCUUGUAGCUAUCGCGGUGGCUCACGCCUUUGCCCUUUUCGUCGGUGUGUCUAUAGCCGCUAAUAUCUCCGGCGGUCACCUUAAUCCCGCCGUGACACUUGGCCUUGCCGUCGGCGGAAACAUCACAGUCAUCACCGGUUUCUUCUACUGGAUUGCUCAAUGCCUUGGCUCCAUCGUCGCUUGUCUCCUCCUUGCCUUCGUCACCAAUGGCGAGAGCGUACCGACCCAUGGUGUAGCAGCUGGUUUAGGAGCUGUUGAAGGAAUAGUGAUGGAGAUUGUUGUGACUUUUGCUCUGGUCUACACAGUCUACGCCACGGCGGCUGAUCCCAAGAAGGGAUCGCUCGGGACCAUUGCUCCUAUCGCUAUCGGUUUCAUCGUUGGAGCCAACAUCCUCGCCGCCGGUCCAUUUAGCGGUGGUUCCAUGAACCCGGCCAGGUCAUUUGGACCAGCUGUUGUUAGUGGUGACUUCUCUCAGAUAUGGAUCUACUGGGUGGGUCCACUAGUGGGUGGUGCACUCGCCGGACUCAUCUACGGCGAUGUCUUUAUCGGAUCCUACGCUCCAGCUCCCACCACAGAAAGCUACCCUUGAGCAAUCAUGUACGGUUUAAAUUUGUUUGGCUCUUGCUUUUUUUGUUGUGUGAAAAUGUUUCUGUAACGGAUCAAAGUUCUACUUUGUGUUGGUUAAAAAUAAGAAUUGUAUAUUUCAAAA